GCUAACCUUUCAAGCCCAGAAAGAGAGAAGGGGCUGUGCUGCUGCUAGUUCUUUGCCAGUUCCUGAAUGCCCACAGGGGGGAUCAGUAUGUGGGGGAUUAGGUGCUGAAAUCACAAGAGAUAAACCUGAGGAUCAGAAAACUCCUAGUCUUGGGAAAGUUGGGAUCUGGAUCCAAACUUUGCAGCACGCCCCUUUAAAUCACAAUAAGUAUUUAGAAUAAAGUCAUUGAUAGGUUUGUUUCAUUACAAGAAUCACCUUCAUCUGCCAGAAUGCUGUCUGGAUUUUCAAGUUUGUUACAUCUGUGUCCAUAAAUGUGUCUUCAAGUCAACACUAAAUCAGAAGAAUGGUGUCAUGGAGAUAAAAAGAUAAAAAAAACAAAGAAACAAAAAGGCAAACGAAAAAACUGCAAAAAAAAAAUCCAAACCCUUGACACUGAAACUUCACUGUCGGAUUGCUGCAAAUACGCCUCAACUCAAUGCAGCCCUUAAAACACGCUGGUAACUUCUGCCCUGAGAAGCAAAGUCAACAAAAAUGAGCAUCACAUUGAAAAAAAGGCCACCUCAAGUAAAGUAAAGUAGAGAGAACAUUCAUGGAACAUUGUAUUCUUCAUGGAAACAACUGUAAAGAAAAAGAGUUUGAGCAAGCAUAAUAAAACUCUGCCAAGUACUGGAAAGGCCCCUGCUAAUCUCUCUACCAUCCUGCCUUCAAAACAGAUUGCAACAUCCAGUGUGUCAGAUCUUCCCACAGCUUUGCCAGAAACAGUGAGUUUAGAUUCCAUAGUAAAAGCAAGUCCUGGGAAAAGGAGACCAGGCACUGUAACAAUAUCAAAACGGUCAAAUGCUGCAAACAUGUCUCAGAGUCAGUUGACUCGACCAGUCAUUCCACCAAAAAGACCUGGCUUUAAAGUGUGCUAUAUCUGUGGCAGAGAAUUUGGGUCACAAUCCCUUGCCAUACACGAACCCCAAUGCCUAGAGAAGUGGCAUAUUGAAAAUGGCAAAUUACCAAAGCAUCUCAGAAGAGCAGAGCCUUCUAAACCUCAGUCCCUUAUUGGUGGCUCCUAUGAUACUAAAGCUAUGAAUGAGGUAGCUUAUCAGAGUGCUCAAGCUCAGCUCUUGCCCUGUGAAAACUGUGGCCGCACUUUCCUUCCUGAUCGCCUCCCAGUGCACCAAAGGAGUUGCAGACCAAAGGAUGGUGGCCUCGGCCCUUCAAACAUUAACCCACCUAAAUCUGUUAAAGGCCCUAACUUUGGGCUAGUAUCUGCAGCACGUACUGAUCAAUCUAGUAAAGGUCAACAAAAAAGUGGGGCUGCUCCAGCCAUACCAGACAAGCCACCAGCGAUCAGACGGCCACCCACCGUUGUUUGUUACAUAUGUGGCCGUGAGUUUGGAACUAAAUCUAUUAGCAUCCAUGAACCACAAUGUCUGAAAAAAUGGCAUAAUGAGAAUGACAUGCUACCCAAACAUUUACGAAGACCUGAACCUAAAAAGCCAGAAGUCAGAUCCUUACAAGCCAAAGGUUUCUAUGAUCUUGAUUCUCUAAAUGAGGCUGCCUGGAACAGCGCCCAGAGUCAGUUAGUUCCAUGUGAUAUUUGUGGACGCACUUUCCUGCCAGACAGACUGAUUGUCCACCAGCGGUCCUGUAAACCGAAACCGGCAAAGUAAAGCACCCCCCUCCCAGGACACACCUUCCAGCCAAUGCAUUAAAGGAAUAAAAUCGUUCUUGGAAGCAAAA